AUGCAGGAGUUAGUUCAUAAGCACCAAGUUGAGAAUGACAAUUUCAAGAGUGGAUCCUUUACUGAGCUAGAGCUUAUGAUGAACAAGAAGGCCCCUGGUUGUGGAGUGAAAGCUGAUCCAAACAUUAGAUCAAGGCACAAGAAGCUGAAAAUGGAUUUCAUGGCAGUUCACUUGCUUCGUUCCAAGAGUGGAAAAGGCUGGGAUGAGACCACAUGUACACCAAUUAUCGAUGAUGAUGUGUUUGAAGACCUUCUAAAGGUAUGA